GCUCCGUGGAAAAGCCAGAUCCCGACUCCGCCGGGGCACUUUGAGGUCCGGUCCACCAGGCACGGGGAUCGAAGACACAAACUGAAGCCUAGCUGACCUGCCAGACCAUGGCAUCCUGGGGACUCUUUGUGGCUGGUGCCUCCUUCGCGUCAUUUCGGGGGCUGCACUGGGGACUGCAGCUGCUGCCCACCCCGGAAUCUACUCAGGACAGCUGGAUGUGGCGAAACAUUUUCGUUUCGCUGAUGCAUAGCCUACUCUCUGGAUCAGGGGCGCUGGUCGGGCUGUGGCUUUAUCCUCAGAUGGUCACCGACCCGAUUCAUGGCCACCCAUCGUGGGCAGUGGUCCUGGUAGCAGUGUCAGUGGGUUAUUUCCUGGCGGAUGGAGUUGACAUGCUGUGGAAUCAGACUUUGGCGCAGGCCUGGGACCUUCUCUGUCACCAUGUGGUGGUAGUGAGCUGCCUGAGCAUCGCGGUUCUGUCGGGCCACUACGUGGGCUUCGCUAUGGUAUCUCUGCUUCUGGAGCUGAACUCCAUCUGUUUGCAUCUGCGGAAGCUGCUGCUGCUUUCCCAUAAGGCCUCAUCCUGGGCCUUCAGAGUAACCAGUUGGGCCACCCUGACCACUCUGGCCCUCUUCCGCCUUCUACCUCUAGGAUGGAUGACGCUGUGGUUGUUUCGGCAGCACUACCAGGUGCCUCCUGCUUUGGUCAUCCUUUGUAUAACUGGGCUGGUCACUGUGGGUACCAUGAGCAUCUCAUUGGGUAUCCGAAUUCUGAUCAGGGAUGUCUUGCAGUCUCGGCCCAACUCAUUUAUCGCUGUGCACAAGGAGAUUCGGCAGAUAAAGACGCAUGAUGGUGAGCCUGUCACCAGGAACAAUUCCACUCUCAAUCUGAAAGACUAGAGAAGUGGAGGCUUCCUCUUCUGCCAGACCUGGGGGACUGGGGCCGGGAAGAGGAGAUGGUAGCCUUCACUGUAUAGUCCACUGUGUAGUAAGGGCUAGACUGUAUUAUCAGCAUCUCAGGACCUUUUCCAGCUAACUCACUUCUCUCCCCUUCCCAAGACCCAAGAAGAAAUGUGAAUGUUAGUGGCUUCAUGGGAACCUCGAUUACCACUCAGUGAAUUCCUUUGCUCCAGCGUAAGGACAGACAAUGGGACAGGAGGUCCUUCUAGAAUCAGAGAGAUCCCAUUUAUGAUCAAAUUCUGGCAGUGAGAUGAGAGCACAAGAAACAUUAUCUGUUGCCAGGAGGGAUGGGCAUGGCAGUUGCCAGGGACAGACAGAAGCCAGGCCACUGCAAUCAUUGCUGAUACCUCCCAUCCUCUGGGUGAGACUGCAAGUACUAGGAUUGUACUCAACCCUACUCUGCUGCACACAGCCUUUCUAAUACUUAUGUAUCUUCUGACCUUUUUAAAGAAAUGUAAAUUCUUAGAUGAACAUGAUGUCUCUCCUAAGGCAGCACAGAGCCAGGAGCCACAGAAGAGACUGAACCAUCUGGACUGAAUACCCAGUGUGAUCACCCAAUGCAAAGCUUUUUAAGGCUCUGGGUUGUGUUGAGCACUGAGGCAGAGGCCCAGCAGGGGAGAAGAGACAGAGGGGCAGGACAGCUGACUGACCCUCUUCUGGAGUCUUUUGAAGGCUCUCUCCUCCUGUUUCCACAGCUAGUCUCCUGUUACAUGCAGUCUCCUCCCUUUCUAGUCGGAACAUCCAGGUUACAGGAACUGUGGAGCAGAUUAGGGUUACUGUUGUAUCGAACAGUAAAGUGAUAACCCCUUGGCCGGUGGUGGUGGCACACGCCUUUAAUCCCAGCACUCGGAGGCAGAGGCAGGCAGAUCUCUGUGAGUUCGAGGCCAGCCUGGGCUACAGAGUGAGUCCAGGAAAGGCGCAAAGCUACACAGAGAAACCCUGUCUCGAAAAACCAAAGGGGAAAAAAAAAGCGAUAACCCCUAGUCACCCUCAGAAAGGAUACAGGAGGCAGGGGGGAGGGGAUUUUAAAAAGCGCUGCUAAGGCCAGGCAUUGGUGGUGCACACCUUUAAUCCUAACACACCGGAGGCAGAGGCAGGCAGAGCUCUGUGAGUUUGAGGCCAGUCUGGUCUACAGAGUGAGAUCCAGGACAGCCAGGGCUACACAGAGAAACUCCGUUUUGAAAAAAUGAAAAAACCAAAACCAUAAAAAAAAAAAAAGACGAUGCUAAGAAGUGGAGGGAGAGAGAGACAAAGAGGAUAAGGGAGACAGAUGUGCACAGAUAGCGGUCUGGGUAGAAGAGAGAAAGAUUAAACCCCAUAGAGAAGCCAGGCAGUGAGAGCUUGAGGGUAAGGAGAGCAAAGCUUCAGCAGACAUAUUGAAAAAGCUUGUUACAGAAGCUGAGAGGAGCCGGAUCAUAGUGUUGAUGGAAUGAUCACCAAGAAAGCAGGAAAAACAGGAAUAAAACGGGACAGAAAGGGACCCCAAGAGAGGAAGGCCCAGCUAGUCUAGACAUCAAAACAUUGAAAGCAGACUCGGGAGAGACGGAGGUGGUAGUGGCCAAUGGAGAAAUUAACAGAGUGAGAGAGAGGUGGAGAUAGAGAAGGGGAAUCAGAGAGGGGACCGACCGAGAAGCAGGGGCGGAGGCAGGAGAGAGGGUUUGCUGUAUAGAAGCAGGAAGUGUGUAGAACUGGAGAUGGGCAGCUGCAGUGAGAGGCAGACAGGCUGACAGCAAUAGGGAGGCAGAGACUGGGGGGAAGAGGGGGUCGAGUCUUCAGAGGUGCAGUGAGACAGAAGGAUAGGCAGGGCAGAGGAGAAUCACGGGGUGGGGACAGCAUGUAAAGCAACAUCCGGAAGGAGCGAGGAAAAGGAGGAACGAAGGGAUGGGGAGGGAGGGGAAAAGAGAAUGAGAAGCAAAGACAGAACAUUGCAUGAGAUCUCCAUUGCAGUCAGAAAAACAGGAGCAAAGACUGGAGCCUGGCAAGGUGGCUGGCAUAUGCUGGUAAUGCUAGCCCUUGGGAAUGACAAGCAGGAGGAUCAGGAGUCCAGCCUGGGCUACAUGAAAUCCCAUCUCAACAAACAAACCAAAGCAGAAAAAAUUGGACAUGGCAGCUGCAGCAUGACGGAGCA